AUAUUCAGCGCGUAAAUCUGUUCUUGCCAGUAUCCAACUGACCCUUUCAAUUAACCAACAUGUCAGCAACAGCAACCCUCGGCUGGACGCUCACAAACUGGGGCCCGGUCUUCACCACCUACAUACCCCCGUCCUCAUGCACCACGACAACCGCCGUCCUCGCCCAAACGCAGUACCCAGACCUGGGCUCUUGGGGCACGCAAUGCUACAACAACGAUUGCGGGCCCUACCCAGGCACGGACGAGCAAAAGUCCGCCAUAUUGAAGAACCGCCUGCUGGAGCCAUACUUCUCGCCGGGCGUUGCGUGUCCGACAGGGUGGAAGUCGAUCGGUGCGCUUGCGCGCGCGAGCGAUGGGCCGAUUGCUUCGCGGGGGGUGUUUACGGUUAUGGUUGGCGAUAGUGAUGAUUAUUAUGAUGAGGUGCCGUACUCGCCGAGUCUCUACGAUGCGCUUGGUGCGAUUCUUGAUGAGGGUGAGACCAUGGUUGCGUGCUGUCCGAGCUCGGCGACCGUGGGCCCAAAUGGCGGCUGCUACUCCACAUUACCAUCCCAAACCUUCAGCACGGGCUGCGCGACCGAACUUCCAGGUUAUGACCUCGAGAGCACUUCAACAACAUUCGUGAUUGGUGGAACGACAACAAGCGGCGAGUUCUUCCUCCCAGCAAGCCCAGUCACCCAGUCCGGUACUAUUACGACGACGAGCUUCGCCUCGGACGAGCGGGCGGAUUGGAUUCCUAUCUCGCAGGCGGCCCCGAUUUACUUUGUACAGCCGAAUGGGAGUGGUUAUUCUACUUCUGGUGCUGGAUCGACGUCUACGUCUGGGUCUGAUGAACCUACCGAGACUGAGACCGGGAAUGCGGCGCGGUCGAUGAGGUAUCCUACGGGUGAAGGUUCAUGGGGGCAGAUUAUGGGGCUUGGUGGUGUGAUGGCUGUUUCUAUUCUCGCGGGGAUGGCGAUGGUUUUACCCUGGUGA